CGUUGGUCAUCCUCAUCUUCAUCCUCAUCUUUAUCCGUUGUCGUUGUCGUUGUCGUUUUCGUUGUCGUUGUCGUCGUUGUGAUCGUAACGGUGGCAAACUCGCUGUCCGAAAAUUCAAAAAUAGCUAAGGCGUGUUAGUCAGUGCGACGAUGUCGACGGGGAACGACGACGGUUCGGCGGUAAGAUUCGGUCGGUGGUGUUGGUGCUGGCGAAGAAGAAGGCGGAGUAGUAAUAGCAUAACUACGGCUGGCUCCUUCUUCUCCUCUUCGUUAAUAUCCUUAAAAACGAUGUUAAUCAUUUUGACGAUUUUCCUCGCGUUAACGGGAACGAUCGGUCGCGUCGACGCCGUCGCAAGGACGAAACAACAUGACGAUACUUCAGGAUCUCGGGGUGGUAGUAAGACCGGUGGUGCUAACAAGGACGGGGAAUCUGUGAUCGAAGAAGUUACUGCCAAACAACUCGAGAGAAUCCUUAAUGAUAAGGAUUUCGUUGCUGUGUUUUGGUAUGCGAGAAGUUGUACGACCUGCGACAAAGUAUUAGCUGAAUUGGAAAAAAUAGACGAUGACACGGAUCACUUUGGAGUCGAUUUUGUUAAGAUCAACGAUAAAAGAGUUGCGAAACAGUAUGGAAUUAAAAAUUUCCCUGCCCUCACGUAUUUCCGUGAAAAAGAACCUAUCAUAUACGAUGGAGACUUGAUGGACGAAGAAAACGUUUUAGAUUUUCUUACAAGUUUAGAGGCAAUGGAUUUACCAGAUCGGAUAGAAGAAGUAAAUGCUAAAAUUCUGGAUAAAAUUGUCGAGGAUACGGAUUUCGUAGCGGUUCUUUUCUGUCCUGAUACGCAGCGGUGUGCUGGCGCCGGUUCUAACAAGCCAGACUGCAAGAAAUGCUUGAAGGCACUUCAAGAAUUGGAAAAUAUCGAUGACGAGGCUGAUCAAUUGGGUAUUGGUUUUGUCAAAAUUGCUGAUGAACAGCUUGCUGAAGAAUAUAAUCUUGGACCCUUACCGGCUCUAGUUUAUUAUAGACAUCAAAUUCCCAUCAUCUACGAACACGAAUUAAGCAAAGAGGAAGACGUAUUGGAAUGGUUAGUAGCAAAUAAAAGUACAGGCGAUGAGGAAGACGUCAUCGAAGAUGUUACAUCAAAAACGUUGAACACAUUGAUUGGAAACAUCGAUAACCUGGUCGUUUUAUUUUACGAUCAUGGUGACGAGGAUUCGAUGCAAGUAUUGAACGAGCUUGAAAAAAUAGAUGACGAUUUGGACAAACAUGGGAUACAAUUUGUCAAGAUCGACGAUGAAAAAGCAGCGAAGGAGUUUGGUUUAGAUUAUGUACCAGCGAUUGUAUACUUUGAAAAGCAAAUACCAAAUGUUUAUGACGGCGACGUCGAAAACGAGGAUGAGAUAUUGGAAUGGUUGUUAUCGCAAUUGGAAAAGGAUGAGAUAGAAGAUGUUACCGACGAGAUGUUAGAUCGUUUGAUAAAAGAUGGAAAAACAUUGGCCGUUCUAUUUUAUGACAACAACGAUCGAAAGUCACAAAGGAUUUUAAACGAAUUGGAAAACAUUGAUGACGAGUGCGAUCAAUUGGGUGUUACAUUUGUUAAGAUCGAUAAUGCCGAAGAAGCAAAGGAGUAUGGUAUCGAGAAAAUACCAACUAUGCUUUAUUUCGAAAAAGGAAUACCAACGUUGUACGAGGGUAACUUGGAGGACGAGGAGAAGGUAUUGAAGUGGUUGGAACAACAACAGAAGAGCGAACAAAUAGAGGAUAUCACCAACGAGGUGUUAGACAUGAUUAUUGAAAAAAUGCCGCACGUAGCCGUACUUUUUUACGACAAAGAUCAAAAGAAAAGUCAAAAGGUCCUUGGCGAGUUGGAAAAUAUUGACGACGAUUGCGAUCAACAUAAUAUAGCCUUUGUCAAGAUUCAUGAUUUAGAUGAAGCUAAGGAAUAUGGAAUUGAAAAUCUUCCAACAUUGGUUUUCUUUGAAAAAAGAAUACCUCACGUUUACGAAGGUGAUCUAAUGAACGAAGAUCAAUUAUUGGGAUGGUUAUUACAUCAGAAAAAACAUACCGAGAUACCUGAAGUUACGGAUGAGAUGAUGGAAAAGCUUAUUGAAACUUCGCCGUAUCUUGCUGUCCUUUUUUAUGACAAAGAUGACAAGCAGGAUAUACGUAUUCUAAACGAAUUAGAAAAUAUCGACGAUGAACUCGAAAAGGAAGGCAUCGUUAUCAUUAGAAUGGAUAAUGAUGCUGAGGCAAAGGAGUAUGGUAUCGAUCAUCUUCCUACUUUAGUUUAUUUCGAAGAAAAGAUCCCGGCUAUUUACGAAGGUGAUCUCCUCAACGAAGAUGAAGUUUUGGAAUGGUUGAUCGAACAGAAAAACACUGCCACGAUCGAAGAGGUCACGGAUGAAAUUCUAACCGAUCUCAUAAACGAACACGAAUAUGUUGUGGUGUAUUUUAGUGGAAGCUGCGACGAAGGUGAAAGCUGCGAUAACGUUCUAUUAGAAUUAGAAAAUAUCGAUGACGAAUUAGACGAAGCUGGUAUAAUUUUCGUGACGACGGAAGAUAUGCCACUUGCCAAAAAAUAUGGUAUUAAAAACUUCCCAACUUUGGCUUUCUUCAGAAACAAAGAACCUUUGAUAUAUCCUGGUGAUCUUGAUGACGAGGACGAAGUUCUCUCUUGGAUCACUGACGAAAAUACACUGGAGAUACCAGGGAAAAUUGAGGAGGUUAAUACCAAACUCUUGGAAAAUAUUUUGGAUGAGAACGAUUAUGUUGUUGUUUUCUUUUAUAAGGAAGGUGACAAAAAGAGUCAGAAAAUUCUUCAAGAGUUAGAAAACAUUGACGAUGAGUGCGAAGAGAAGAAUAUCGAUUUUGUUAAAAUAUCUGACGAGGGCAUUGAAAAGGAAUACGAUUUACCUGGGCUACCAGCUCUUGCAUUUUACAGGCACAAAUUUCGUCAGUUUUAUACAGGAGACAUGAUGCACGAGGAAGCUAUUUUAGAUUGGUUAUUAGAUUUACGAAGUUCAACGCCCGAUGUUAUCGAGAGCGCUGAUAGAAAAACAUUACAAAUGCUCAUUAACGAUGUAGAACAUCUCGCUGUAUUUUUCUACGAUGACGAUUGCGAUACCUGUGCAGAAAUAUUGGAGGAAUUAGAAACGAUUGACGAUGAUACAGAUAAGCACGGGAUACAGUUCGUUAAAUCGAACGAUGCUAAAUUGGCAGCCGAAAUCGGUGUCUUCUCCUUUCCAGCAUUGAUUUACUACGAGACCGGUGUUCCAAUCAUGUACGACGGUAAUCUUCUCGACGAAGCUGAAGUUCUCGAUUGGAUGGUGAAACAGAAAACCGACGAGAGCAUCGAGGAGAUUGAUCGAGAGACUCUAAUGAAGUAUAUUGAUACGAAGGAAUUUCUCGCAGUUAUUUUUUACAAAGAAGAAGAUCCAGAAACUCCACGAGUACUCAGGCACGUCGAGUUGAUCGACGACGAAGCUGCUGAGUAUGGAAUCAAAAUAGUUCGUAUGAAGGAUCGUUUAAUGGCGAAAAAAUAUGGUUAUCGUAACCCACCUGGUAUAACAUAUUUCCGGAAAGGUAAAAGUACGAAUUACGAUGGUGAUAUAGACGACGAGGAAGAGAUUCUUGAUUGGUUAACCGAUCCUGAUAACAUGGAAUUAACGGAUCACAUUGAAAGAAUUAAUAAGAAGAUGUUUCAUAAAAUACGUCAAUCUACUGACUACUUGGCUGUAUUUUUUUACAGCACCGACUGUAAACAAUGUAGUAGAGUUCUGGCAGAGAUCGAGCACAUCGACGAUGAAGCUGAUAAUGCCGGAAUCAAAUUUGUAAAGAUCGACGACAAGGAACUUGCCAAACAUUACGGAGUAUUUGCAUUACCAGGAAUCCUCUUUUUCAAGCUGACAUCGAAAGAACCGGUGAUAUUCGCUGGAGAUCUCUACGACGAAGAACAAAUUUUGCAAUGGUUAAUGACGCAAAAGGAUCCAUCGGGAGAGGCAAUCGAAGUUUUGGAUGGUGAAGAACUUCUGAAUCUAAUUCGAGAAUCGGAAUCCUUGGCCGUAUAUUUCUACAUUGACAAUUGUGAACAAUGUACCGGGAUCUUAGAAGAAUUAGAAAAUAUUGACGACGAUUGUGACAGACAUGGUAUCACUUUUAUAAAGACACAGGAUCAUAAAGUGGCAGAGGAUUAUGGCGUUACUGAUUUUCCAGUUCUCGUUUAUUUUGAAAAUCAAAUACCUAAUGUAUUCGAAGGUGAUUUGGCCGUAGAAGAGGAAGUAUUACAAUGGCUAAUCACACAGAAAACUGAAGAUCGCAUCGAAUUGAUAACUCGUAUUAUGUUGGAAGGCUUUGUCGAAGAAACACAAUAUCUUGCCGUUUAUUUUUACAAACAAAAUUGUCAUAUAUGCGACGAAAUAUUAGAAGGUUUAGAAAGAAUCGACGACGAAUGUGACGUCUUUGGUAUACACUUGGUUAAGAUUCAAGAUCCACAACUAGCGAAAAGAUAUUCCAUUAAAACUUUUCCUGCUCUAGUUUACUUUCGUAAUGGCAAUCCUCUUUUGUUCGAAGGUGAUCUACAAAAUGAGGAAUCAGUUUUAGAAUGGUUGAUAGACGAUGAAAAUCGUGAAUUGGCUGAUGAGAUUGAAUCCGUCAACGAAAGGAUGUUAGAGAGAUUAUUGGAUGAGUCGCCAUUUUUGGCGGUCUUCUUUUACGACGAGGAUUGUGCUGAAUGCGGUGAAAUUAUGGAAGCAUUGGAAAAGAUCGACGGCGAGGCCGAUCUUUUUGGCAUUGAUUUUGUUAAGAUAUCGAGUACCGAAACUGCUGAGAAAUAUAAUAUCAUGAAUGUACCAUCCUUGGUAUAUUUUCGUAAGAGAACUCCUCUUAUUUACGACGGCGAUCUCACCCAAGAGGAUAAAAUUUUACAAUGGCUUACUUCCCAAGAUGUUUUUGAGAUAAAGAAUGAAAUCGAGGAAGUUAACAAGAAGAUGCUCGACAAAUUAUUAGAUGAAAAUGAAUUCCUCGCAGUCUUCUUUUAUGAAUACAACAAUACGGAGAGCGAGAAAGUUCAUGAAAAAUUAGAAACGAUCGAUGGUGAAACGGAUAAUUUAGAUAUAACAUUUGUAAAGAUGGCUGAUCCAAGAUACGCUAGAAAAUGGGGUGUCACUAAGCUUCCAGCUAUCGUUUACUUUCGUAAACGUUUUCCCAGCAUUUACCGAGGUGAUCUUCAUAAAGAAAAUGAAGUUCUCGAGUGGCUUCGCAAAAACAGAUACCGCCAACCAGAAUUAAACAUCUACAUGUAUAUACUAAUAGCGACUACGGUGGUCUUUGCGAUGUACACUGGUUUCCUGCUUUCAUAUUUCUGAUCGGAAUCAUCGAUGCUAUCCAAUGGCUCAUACGAAACAACCUUGAAAAAUGUAUUCUGUCGAUAUCUGAAAAUAAUUAAAAAUGAAAAUAGUAUGAUUUAAGCCGAUAAGUAAAAAUAAA